UAUUUUUCCCUCCAUCACUCAUUCGCCUUCUUAUUCGCCUUCGUUCAUUCGGUACGUUAUUUCAUUGUAAUUUCAAAUAAUUUUCAAUUUUUAGUUUUUACCUAAAAGAAUAAUAUUGGAUAGUUGAUAGUGCGAAACAAAUCUGAGAUUUUACGAGCGUCGGUAUACUAAAAUUUGAGUUUUCGGUAUCAUGAUCAUCUGUUGAGAAAAAAUUCACGUAGUUGACUAGUUGGUGUUCAUCUUGGUUGAUCUCUUGAAGCUUGAAGAAGUAUACAUUGUUCUGGAGUUUUCAGUUUCAUUAUCGUUCCAGUGGCAAGUUAUUCAGAAAUAUUAUAAUAUUACAAGGAUUUUUGCAUUGAAUGUACCGUAUUUCCAGUCAAAGCGCGCCACAAUGAAUGAUUACGAGAAAAUCGAAAAGAUAGGCGAAGGUACCUAUGGAAUCGUUUACAAAGGCAGAAACUUGACAACUGGUAAAUUGGUCGCUAUCAAAAAAAUACGAAUGGAAGUGCAAGACGAAGGAAUACCUUCAACCGCUAUCAGGGAAAUAUCACUAUUGAAAGAAUUGGUACAUCCUAAUAUCGUUUGUUUGCAGGAAGUGUUGAUGGAAGAAUCGAAAUUACAUUUGAUAUUCGAGUUUUUACCCAUGGAUUUGAAGAAAUACAUGGAGAGUUUGGGUGAUGGAAAACAAUUGGAUUCUACGAUGGUUAAAUCAUUAACGUAUCAGCUUCUUGUUGCGGUCUUAUUUUGUCAUCGAAGACGAGUUUUGCAUCGAGAUCUUAAACCCCAAAAUCUUUUAAUUAAUCCGAAAACUGGUAUUUUGAAAGUAGCUGAUUUCGGUUUGGGACGUGCGUUAGGUGUACCCGUCCGGAUUUUUACUCAUGAAGUGGUCACGCUUUGGUACAGAGCUCCAGAAAUUCUUCUCGGUUCCCAGCGAUAUUCGUGCCCGGUGGAUAUGUGGGCGGUUGGUUGUAUUUUUGCCGAAUUAGCCAAUCAUAAACCGUUGUUUCAAGGAGAUUCAGAAAUUGAUCAACUUUAUCGCAUUUUCCGAAUUCUUUCUACGCCUACUGAGAAAACAUGGGCUGGUAUUACCGAUCUUCCGUAUUAUAAACCAGUGUUUCCUAACUGGACGCAGAAUGAAUUACACAACAGCGUCAAAAAUCUUAAUGAUGAUGGAUUCGAUUUGUUAAUGAAAAUGUUAAUCUACGACCCCUCCGCCCGGAUUAGUGCCAAGGAUGCGGUUGAUCAUCGCUAUUUCAAUGAUUUAGAUACGUCAAAAUUACCAGCUCGAGCUUACAGUCCAUAAAAGUUACUUUGAAAAUACCUAUUUUAAUUCAUCCUUUACUUUAUUGUUUUUUUUAAUGUAAUGCCAUGUGUUCUGCGAAAAGUUCAUUUCCCAAAUUAUUUUUAGUGUAGUUUUUAUACUUGUAACUUGAAUAUCUACAUUUGUUCUCCACAUACAUUAUUUAAUCCGGAUAGA